AUAUUAACAAUUAUUGCUAUCAAUUAGUAGUUCUUUAAUGCACCUUAUCCUUGAAAUCUAAUAGCAUUAGUUAGCAUUUUUUUUCGGAACACAUGGAGAGAGAAAGCAGAGGACAGCUGAACAGUUCUCUGCUUGCUGAAGAAACCAACAGCGCGGAAAGCCUUAAAGGUGGCAGCUCCGCCACAGCUGUUCUAGUGUUCAGUACCUUCAUUGCUGUGUGUGGCUCCUAUGUUUUUGGUGCUACUGUAAACCUGGGCCUCUCUGAGGGGCAGUACUCAGUUUUUGCAUCAAUUAUGACAAUUGGAGCAAUGUUGGGUGCACUGAUGAGUGGAAAGGUUGCAGAUCUUGUUGGGCGGAGAGGUGCAAUGGGAAUCUCAGAAGCAUUCUGCCUCACAGGAUGGCUUGCAAUAGCGUUCUCACAGGCUGCAUGGUUGCUUGAUAUUGGAAGACUGUUUGGCGGAUGUGGGGUUGGGCUUCUUUCUUAUGUGGUUCCAGUAUAUAUAGCAGAAAUUACUCCCAAGAAUCUUCGAGGAGGCUUUGCGACUGUCCACCAGUUCAUGGUUACUUUUGGCUCAGCCAUGACAUAUUUUGUUGGAACUGUUGUCUCUUGGCGUAUCUUGGCUCUUAUAGGAGCUAUUCCUUGUUUGAUACAGCUGCUAGGCCUCUUCCUUAUUCCAGAGUCUCCAAGAUGGCUUGCAAAAGUUGGGAAAGAGAAUGAGUGUGAAGAUGCUUUACAGCGCCUUCGAGGAGUUAAUGCUGAUAUAUCUCAAGAAGCUACUGAAAUUGAGGAUUACAUAGAGGCACUUCAACAACUCCCAGAGGGUAGUAUUCUAGAGUUGUUCCAAAGGAUAUAUGCUCGGUCGCUCAUUAUUGCAGUUGGGCUGAUGUUACUACAACAAUUUGGAGGUUCUAAUGCAAUUGCAUUUUAUGCAAGUUCAAUAUUUGAAAAAGCAGGUUUUUCUGCCACAGUUGGGACUGUAGUAAUGGCAGUUGUUCAGAUUCCAAUGACUGUAUUAGGUGUACUCCUAAUGGAUAAAUUGGGAAGAAGACCCCUUCUAAUGGCUUCUGCAUCUGGAACAUUUUUUGGCUGCCUACUAGUUGGGGUGUCAUUCUCAUUGCAGGACAUUCAGUGGUGGAAAGACGUCACUCCUGUUCUGGUGUUCAUCGGCUUAGUGAUAUACAAUGGAUCUUUUGGACUCGGACUCGGAGGAAUACCAUGGCUGAUAAUGUCUGAGAUAUUUCCCAUUAACAUGAAGGGCUCGGCAGGAAGCCUUGUCUCUUUGGUCAAUUGGUUCAGUUCAUGGAUCAUUACAUACAUUUUUAACUUCUUAAUGGAUUGGUACUCUGCUGGUACAUUUUUCAUAUUUGCAAGCAUUGGUGGCUUAACUGUUAUAUUUGUCGCAAAGAUGGUACCAGAGACCAAAGGACGAACGCUAGAAGAAAUACAAGUGAUAAUAAACCCACUAACAGCAAAAAGAUGAGCCAAACCAUGCUUGUGAAAAUGGUGGAACUCUACCAAUAUAUCAUUGUUGUUUUUUCUAAAUUGAUGUUAGCUUAUGGUAUUGUUAUGCUAUUGCCAUGAUUCGAGAAUUUGAAUGUAUGCAUGUUAUUACUGCCACUGGACAGUGAUAGUAAUACCUACGAACUGAGAUGUCAUUGAGAUUGGGGUGGAUAUUUAUUACGUACAUAUAUAGCUUUUGAUAUUAUAUUUUCAUUGUUGAGUGUGAAUUUGUCUAGGUUUCCCUGUUAUACCAUUGUUUUUGUCCCCCAUUCGCAGUUGUAUUUGUUAUCUAUUAGUUUGCCUUAAUUGGAUUUACUGGUAAUUAAGAAAAUGUUAUUUU